AUGCAAAUUGAGAAGAAGUAUAAAUAUGUCAUCACCAACUAUUUUACGCUUAAUAGAAUGUCUGGAAAAACCAUUCUGGUCAUCGGCGCCAACAAAGGUUGGGCUCCAACGCCGUGGGCUACUUUCAUUAUACUAAGACAGCUCACUUUAGGUAUUGGCCUCGCCAUAGUGCAGAGAUUGGCCGUCAUUUCUUCGAAAGACACCAUAAUACUCGGAUGUCGCGACAAAGAAAAGGGACUCGACGCUAUUCAACUCCUCCGAGCAAUUUGUAAUACCAAGGCACAUUUGGAUGUCGUAUGCAUCGACAUCGAGUCCGAGGCAAGUGUUCAAGCGGCAGCCAAGGAGGUUCGUGAGAAACACAAAAGGCUCGAUGUCUUGGUCAACAAUGCCGCCAUUGCUCUACUCGAAAAAGACGCUGAUAUUCGCGACGUCUACGGAAAAGUAUUUGCCUCAAAUGUCGGCGGCGUGAUCAGUACAUGCGAAGCAUUCCUGCCUCUCAUGAGAGAUACCUCGGCAGAUGCACGGAUCAUUCAAGUUUCGUCAGCACGGGGAUCUUUGACACGCAUCGCCGAGGGUAAGAUGCCGCCGGCUAGGGUGGUGUCAUAUGGCGCGUCCAAGGCGGCCCUCAACUGUGCAACUCUUGAACUUGUGCGACGAGAAGAGAACCGAAAUGUGCUAUUUCAAAUGGUAUCCCCCGGACACUGUCGGACGGACUUUAACAAUAAUACCGGUAAGAAAGACCCGCUAGACGGCGCGCUGGUGGUGGAGAAGCUUCUUCUCGAGGAGCGCGAUAACGGCAGACCCUGUGGAAUGUGGGAGAUCGAGGGAGAUAAUACCGAGCCGCAGCUCGUGCCGUGGUGA